UCUGUGCGUGCGCGCGUGUCUGGGUGCGUGGAUGGGUGGAUGUUUGGAUGGAUGGGUGCAUGGAUGGGUGGAUACAUGGAUGCAUAACAGUAUAUUCCUGCUUGAACAAAAAGCUAAUAAUAUAACUGGUCCAGCUUAUAUCUAGUCUCACCCGACACAAAUAAUCGGUAUUACAAUUAUGUUAGCUUUGAAUAUGCUUUUCGAUGGAAAGGAAUGAUAAGAAAUCAGUUUAUUUAAAACUACAAAGUAUUCCGUUCCUAUUUUCUUACCAUGAAGAUCUCAAAUACCUUGUACGUGACUUUAACUUGAUAUUUAUCCAAUAUGUCUGUAGUUUUACGGAAACAUAUCAGUAUACACGUGUAAUAUGUAUCUGUAUAUUAUACAUUCAUCAUAAUUCAUAUGAUUGUCAUAACAAACUGACCAGCACAUAUUCGGCGUCAAGUCCAAAUCUGCAAGAUGACCAAUGCAACGAAUACUUACACUGGUUACUAAUACAGAAAAUUGAAUUGUAUAAUAAAUGCUUAAUUAAUUGUUUAUUAAGAACAAUAGGAUAGUAUUAUGAAUAUAACUGGAAACGUAAUCUUCCGUCUCACAGAUCAUGUCUACAAGUGAAGAGAUGUUUCUUAUUAACGCCCGGGAACACAAGACUCGAAGUUUAAAGAAAUUGCUAUUAAGUCUCUGAUAUAUUCUUUCAUAAUCACCGGAGUUUCCAUGGAGUGAUGAUGAUUUGGAGAUUUUACGUGUGCAUUCCUCUGGGAAGCCUAUUUCGCACACGGUCGAACUGCGUUGAGGUGCAUGCGGAUCGUCUUAAUCAAAUAAACGACGACAAAAGCAAACACAUUAAGUGAUCGUGAUAUAGAAUUCUUUAUAAAUAUCUGACAAAUCUGUUAACUACAAAAUGUGAACAUUUCUCAGUAAAAAGCAAAAAGCAGUGAAUAUUACAGAAAUUGAUCACUGAAAGUCAGCAUACCUCGGGCAUUAAGGAAGUAUCGCUUUCCCUCUAUAUUGCUUUCCCACUGCUUUGCUUUACCACAAUAUGUACAUUAUAUAUAUCACUUUGUCACUUCCGUGUUUUGCUAUGUAUACACUUUCGUCCUCUCCAUAUUCACUCCAAAGAUUUCAUUUUCAUUGUAUAAAUUGUCUUCGUCACGAUAUGGCUGAGAUAUUGCCGAUGUGACGUUAAAUAUUAACUCACUCACUUACUCACUAACUCACUCUAAAGAGUGAAAAAUUGUUUAUAGCAAAUGUGAAUAGAACAGCAAAUGCACAUAUACCGUAUUAUCUGUACAACUAAUUUAUUCUCGGAGAACAUUUGAUAGCAAGUUUUAUCACCGAAAUAUGUUUAGCAGUACCAUCUGUCAAAAAAGUUUCACAUUAUCUGUAAUUCUGAAUGACUUUUGUUGUAGAAAGUAAGUAUGAUUUUAUGCUUGUUUUCCAAGGCUUAAAUGCAAUUCAUAUAUCAAUCGUUUAACAUGCUCAUCGAAAUUGAUUUCACAGACUGGCGUGUUUCAGAAUUAUGCGGAUGUGACACGGUUUUCAGGAUUCGGUAUGUAAGUAUAGCAUGUGAGGUCACACAAUGCGAUACCUACAGUGGUCAGUGUGGAGUGGUCCCUCCUGCCUUCAGCCAGACGCAGCGUUACCAGAUCCAGGUCCUGUAACAACCGCCUUCCCAGCAAUGGUGGCACUUCCUGUCCUGUGAGAACAAUAUCCUGUCCUGUGAGAACAUCUUCCUGUCCUGUGAGAACAAUAUCAUGUCCUGUGAGAACAACUUCCUGUCCUGUGAGAACAAUAUCAUGUCCUGUGAGAACAACUUCCUAUCCUGUGAGAACAACGUCCUGUCCUGUGAGAACAAUAUCCUGUCCCGUGAGAACAAUAUCCUGUCCUGUGAGAACAAUAUCCUGUCCUGUGAGAACAACUUCCUGUCCCGUGAGAACAAUAUCCUGUCCUACGAGAACAACUGGACAAGUGGACGAGUGGUCAGUGCACGGACAGGAUGACGAUGGACACAAUACGCACGUGCAAUAGUCCUGUGCCUCAGGACGGUAGUCAGCUGUGUUUAGGGCCGACGUCACAGACGGAAACAUCACCAAAGUCUUUAAAUGGCAUUUAGAACAUCACCGUGUAACAAGACGUGUUCAGUGAAUGGGGGAGCAGCUGGGUCUGUGGAUCGUGCUCGGGGUGAUCAGGACACACAGACGGACACUAGAACUCUUCCGAGACGAGGUCGAACGUGUGUAAGCGCCGAAUGGGCAGCCAUUUUAUGCCAGACGAUGGUACUAACUACAGCAAACAACACCACCACGCCAACAUCAGCGACUACCCCCUCUGAUGGAAGUGAGAUGGCUGUGUCACUGUGCCUCCUGGUCGCCACUUCCUUGUUGCUGCUCAUCCAGUGACUGCUGCGUGACGUACCGUGACGUCUCACUCUGACGUCUUUCUGACUCUGGUCACUGACGUCUCCGGAUGUUUGUACCAGCCCUUGGACGGCAUCGGUGCUUUCAUGACGUGGGAAAGCCAUCUGCUCUGAAACACUGAUAGUAUCGUUGUCGUUUUUCUUUCAAACAAUUAAACGUUUCUUUUAU